GAAAGUUUCUCUAGGUAGAACAAAAAGAUGGUCAAAAGCUGCAACACCCUCACCCCUCAACACACCCUCAAAAGAUUAAUGGAAGCACAAACUCAAGGAGGUGCAGAAGUUAGAAGACUUCACAUCAUAUAUUUUCUCAGUAGAAAAGGUCGUAUUGAACAUCCUCAUCUUAUCAGAGUUCAUCAUUUUUCUAGAAAUGGCAUUCGUCUCCGAGAUGUUAAGAGAUGGUUGGGAGAAUUGCGAGGAAAAGACAUGCCUGAAUCUUUUGCUUGGUCAUACAAGAG